AUGAGGAUGGAUGUUGAGGAUGAGGGUGAAGAGGAUGGAAAGGACGAGGCGGGUUUUACUUACGAGGGUCCGGGUCUGAGGGCCUUCAACUAUGAGGCCGACGACCCUGAAGAUGAAGACGCAGAUAUUACCAUGUCCAACACCAUCGCGCAAGCUACAUGCCCCCACGACAUCGAAGAGGACCAAGAAGAAGACAACCCAAAUCCUCCAGACCCACCCACCGACCCCUCACCCUUCAAUCCCGACCAGCGCCUCCCACCCGUUCCCGACGACCACGCAGAACUCACCGAACCCGUCCGCCAGCAGGCACGCACCCUCUCCCGCGAUCUGCUACACGUGGCUCAGCGGGAGACGGAGGACAGACGAUUACGGGAGAGGGAGCAGGAAGAGGCGGAGAGGGUGCAGAGGGAGAGGAGGAAGAGGGAGCAGAGGGUCCGAACGGAUGUCUUUGUUGCGAUCUCCAAGCUGUGCCGGAUCAGGCUGUACUCAUUGACCGAUCUCAGCUUCGCCUUUUUCGAUUUUUCGAGGACAAAGCGACCGGAACGGAAUCGCCACCUCGAAGCAGACGGGGUGUGUGGUCCUUUGUCUCUGCCCGUCGAGUCGCUUACUUCUCUCUUCUGGCGAGAGCAAUGUGUGAGAACAUGCAUCACUCAUCUUACGCACACCUAUUACAUUAUACGAUACGAACCGAUCGCGCGAGAACUCAUGGCGAGGAAAAGUCCCCGUUCGGCAUCGAGGGAGAAAGCAAAAGAGGAGAAGGCGGAGAAGAGUGAGCGAAGUCUGAAAGCCGCCGUGACGAAGAGAAAGAAGGGACCCAAGAAUUCGGUGCCGGCGGGGCGAACGAUAAGGAGGGCUAAGGGACAGGACGACGAUAUAGCAAAUAAAGACGACAGCGAUGAAGAAGAGCAAGAUCCCCCAGGAGAUGACGGUGCGAAGGAAGCCGACGAAGCUGCCCCUGCGGAACAAUAUCUGGACUAUUGUUCCGACACGGAUGAAGAAGUCUUCAAUCGUGAACUCGAGCCCGAGCCCAGCGAUGACGACGAGGACGAAGCCCACCAGCAGGCUUCACGAGUCGACUUGGGUCCAACGCCGGAGAUCAACGAGCUCCGCGACCGCGCGCUUCAACUCAUGUGGGAUAUCACGCACCUUGAGGCGAGUCAGCCCGAAGAUGGGGAUUUGAGGCUUGCGGCGGAGUAUCAGGGGGUUACGUCCAUCUGCCACCGCACUAUACAACGAUUAAAUCCCGAGCUUGAGAGAAAGAAAGCGAUCAUGGGGAAACUCUCAUCUCCCAAGGCCAGCACGGCAACAAAGAAACUCAGCUCCGCAGCCAGGGAGAAAAAGAGAAAGGAGGCCGCAAAAGCCAGCGAGCAAAAGGCAAAGGACGCUGUGACGAAGAGGAAGAAGUCCACAGCGGAACCAGGAACUCAGCCGUCCAAGAGCGCGACGAAGCUAGCGUCGGCUGGAGGCAAAAGGACGAGAUAUGAAGAGCAAGCGCCCCUUGCUUACAAGGGCCCAGCGGAGGACUGGGAGUCUUACUUCAAGUAUACCGACGCCGAAGCCGACGAGAUGAUGGAGGCUGCUCACGCCGAGGCGCGCUUGUCCGAGGGUCCGGCUCCGCAGUUCGUCGUCAGACGUACCGACGCGGCUCGGAAGAAGGACAUUGAGGAGUAUUCGCGCGGCUUCAAGGAUGCCGACGAGGAUCUUGAGGAUCUCGAGGAUGCAGAGAUGGAGUCCGGCGGCGAGGACAGCGACAACGACAACGGCGAUGACGAAGGUGACGACGACGAUGAACUAGUCACCAAUACCGAGCUCUAUCGCCGUGCGGUCGAACUCGCCGAGGAAAUCGCGCUCGCGUCCGCGGGGAGGCGCCAGGAUAAGGACUUGAGACAUGCGGCGGAGGCCGCUGUGGCUGUAUAUAGGCAACUCAGGCAGAGUCUGAGGGUGCGGUCAGGCAGGAUUUAA